AGCUCAAGCAGCGCCGCCUCACAGAACGCAGUACAGCACCUCGCUCUUUGGUUCCCAAUGGCCGCCAACCAGGUGAUUGAGGAUGAGAUCGCUUGGAAGAGCAAGAAGAGGUUCUACAAGCAAACUCGCCUUUGCAGCUUUCAUCAGGCGGGGGCUUGCAAGCGGGGUUCGGCCUGCAACUUUGCCCACAGCGACACCGACCUCAAGGAAAUGCCCGACUUCUCAAAGACACGUAUCUGCAAGUCCUUUGCGAUUGGUUGCUGUGAGUUGGGAGACGCUUGCAGCUUCGCUCAUGGUCAGCACGAACUGGUGCAGGCUAAGAAGCUCAACCGGAAGGCCAAGGAGGAGGCCAAGAAGAUGAUGGCACCGCCCCAAGUUGCACGGAAGGGAACGCCUUGCUCUUACUCCGACGAAGAGGAAGCGACGCUUUCCACUCGCUGCCACUCGGAGGGCUCCCGCUCCAGUGAGGGACUCUUCGAGGCGCAUUUCUUUGAGGGUAUCCCGGAUCUGUGGCAGCGCAGCCGCUACGAUGCCACCGGCUGUUUGGUCAUCAGCGUGUAGGUGAUGUUUGCAUCGGCUGGUGCCUGGCUGACUGCUAUGAGGCCAGUCUGGCAUUUAAUGAAUCUGCCGAGGCGCUUCUUGGGAAUUACAGUGACCGCUCACGUCGCUGGAACCACUGGCAAGCACUCCAGUCGUGGUUCCAACAAAGAUGAAGAACU